GCAGCUUAAGGAAGGGGCCGUACUUUCUGAAUCCCUUCAGAGCCAAGUAAGGAGGUCCCUCUCGUUCCCUCUCUCUUUUUUAAAGGACCUCGUGAAAUAAAAGUGCAGAAAACAAACCCAAGGCGAUCACAACAGCAGCCGCGGCGGCAGCAGCAGCAGCAGCAGCAGCAGCAGCAGCAGCAGGAGGAGGAGGAGGAAAAGUUGGAGUUGGGGCAGGCGCUCUGGAGUGGCUGAGCUCCGCGCAGCUCCCAUUCAUUAAGUCACCAGCCGCGGAGGAAGGUGGCGGAGCGUCCGCGCUGCCCACUCUCUCGUUCGCGCAGUCAGACACACUCAAGCCCAGCGCGUCCCGAGCGGCGCAGCUUUGCAAAAGUUUCUGCUGGGGAUUUGGCUCUUUUCCCCUUGGACUUUCGAACGAUUUGGGGUUGAGAGAGGAAAGAAAGCAGAGGUACACAGGGUGAGCAGAAAACACCACCGUCUGCAUUUGGAAGAAGGCAGCGAAAUCGCAUUCUUGUCGCGUCCCAAGCCGGUCCCGACCCGUGGCUCUCCCAAGCGGCUUCGGCCAGGAGGCGAUCCCGGCAUCUGAGUGUGUGGCUGCUGUCGCGGGACGUCUUCGCGGGUCAGCAGGCUCGCGCCGCAGCCAGCGCCAUGCAAAACUACAAGUACGACAAGGCGAUCGUCCCGGAGAGCAAGAACGGGGGCAGCCCGGCGCUCAACAACAACCCGCGGAAGGGCGGCAGCAAGCGGGCGCUGCUCAUCUGCCUCGACCUCUUCUGCCUCUUCAUGGCGAGCCUGCCCUUCCUGAUCAUUGAAACAAGCACCAUCAAGCCUUACCACCGAGGGUUUUACUGCAAUGAUGACAGCAUCAAGUAUCCUCUGAAAACUGGCGAGACAAUAAAUGACGCUGUGCUCUGCGCCGUGGGGAUUGUGAUCGCCAUCCUUGCGAUCAUCACAGGGGAAUUCUACCGGAUCUACUACCUGAAGGAGAAGUCCCGGUCAACAAUUCAGAAUCCCUACGUGGCCGCGCUCUAUAAGCAAGUGGGUUGUUUCCUCUUUGGCUGUGCCAUCAGCCAGUCCUUCACAGACAUUGCUAAAGUCUCCAUAGGACGCCUGCGUCCUCAUUUCUUGAGUGUCUGCAACCCUGAUUUCAGCCUGAUCAACUGCUCCGAGGGCUACGUUCAAAACUACAAAUGCAGAGGCGAUGACAGCAAAGUCCAGGAAGCCAGGAAGUCCUUCUUCUCUGGCCACGCCUCCUUCUCCAUGUAUACUAUGCUGUAUUUGGUGCUGUACCUGCAGGCCCGCUUCACUUGGCGAGGUGCCCGUCUGCUCCGGCCCCUCCUGCAGUUCACCCUGAUCAUGAUGGCCUUUUACACAGGACUGUCCCGCGUAUCUGACCACAAGCACCAUCCCAGCGACGUCUUGGCAGGAUUUGCUCAAGGAGCCCUGGUGGCCUGCUGCAUAGUUUUCUUCGUGUCCGACCUCUUCAAGACCAAGGUGACACUCGCCCUGCCUCCCCCUGCGAUCAGGAAGGAAAUCCUUUCACCUGUGGACAUUAUUGACAGGAACAAUCACCACAACAUGGUGUAGGUGCCAGCCGCCUCCUGAGCUGUUUCUGUAAAAUGACUGCUGACAG